AUGACGGAUACACUAAUUGGAAUCUGCGAAACUGGCAUUGGGUUUAUCUUAAGCUCUGUUUUAGGAUCCUUAGUUUGUGUAGAGUUAUAUCGCGUCACUAAUGGAAGGGUUGGUAAUUUUGAAUUAUAUACUGAGGAACAGAUAUUAAAAUUGUCAGAACUGGACUGUUCCAGAGGCUGUGUCAAAAGCAAGAAGUGUCUGUCCAUCAUAUUUAAUUCUGAAAAUAAUCAGUGCCAUCUUCUCUCCAAAGGUAUUUUUCAGAAUUUUUCGGAACCCAAUCUGCCUCCGAAUCUAAAAGUCUAUACAAGGAGAGGUCUCACGUGUUCUGAUAUAGAAUACCAAGAUUUGACUAUAAGUGGGACCUGUUUUAAAGUAUUUAGCGAAAAGAAAUCACAACAUGAUGCUAAUGCGGAAUGUGUGAAAGAAGGAGGACACCUUAUCCAGCUCACAUCUUCAGCAAAGCAUGGAAUCGUACAUGAUUUCAUAAAAUCUAUGUCAAGUCCGGGAUUUUUUAUCGACGGAAGUGACGCAGUAAUGGAAGAUGAUUGGCGUCUCUCUGACGGAAAUCCUCUCUACCUGAAUUGGAGUCCUGGAGAGCCACAUCCCUGUUGCAAAUUGACUGAGGACUGUGUUAUUAUGUUUACCAACGGCGGGUAUAAUGACAUGGGGUGUGGAGCGAAGUUUUCAUUUAUUUGCGAAAGGCAACCACUUCCUGUUAUAUAA